AAAUCGGUUGUCCCUCUUUUAACCUUUUUUUAAAACCCUCAGAUAUCGUGCUUGCUUUCUUAUUCAAGCAAUUAAAUCUUCAAAUCCAAUCUUAAACCCUUCACUCUAAUCUCCAUUCAAACUAGUCCCGACAUUCUCUUACUUGCUUGGUUCACAUUGAUGCAAUUGUUCACCGAAUACCUACCUACCUCGACGUAUCCUCUUGGAUUUCCCUGGUGGUCCCAAUCUCUGGUCCCCAUCUGCAGCGCUCUCUAUCCCUCCAGCUCUCCGGCUCUUUUUUUAGACCCUCACUAUUCGCUAGCUCUAAUCAUUGGGGGGACGGACAACUUAAUCCGCAAUUUGUACCUGUCUGUCUGUCUGCCUGCCUGUCUGUAGCCGUACCUAGAGUUUUUGAUCUAUCGGCACCCAGCAUCUAGCAUCUAGUACCUAGCACCCAUCGCCCACACCCAUCACUCAUCACCUACCUAGCACCUAGCACCUAGCACCUAGCACCUAGCAAAAACCCACUCAAACAAAACACAACCUACACCUUUCUUCCUCUACCGAUUCCUCCACUUCAAUCCCUUGAACGGAGCACCAGGAGUAAAAACAAAGUAAAGAGAGAGUGAGAGAGAGUGUGUGAGAGAGAACGAACAGAAACGAGACCAAGCCAGGCCAAAAUAAAAAAAAUAAACAGUACAAGCGUGGAUAAUCGCAAAUUCAAGACAGAUGUGUCAAGGUUCCUCCCUUAUCCUACUGCGCAAUUAGAGAGAGAGAGAGAGAGACAGAAAAAAACCUUACCUUACCUAGAUGGCUCUCUCGCCUUCUAUUUCACCCCACACCACUACGACUACCACGACUACUACCACGAGAAAUACCACUUCCACUUCCACCUCUACCUCUACCUCCACCAUCUCUAAAACUCCCAAUUCCUCUUUCCAUUCCGGAUCUCAUUCAAACUCAAACUCAAAUUCGGUUUCGGUUUCGAAUUUGAUUGACACAAGUAAUAUUCAAGAUCGUAUUGUCCCGUCCUCUCUUACCCAUAAAUCCAAUCCUACUCAUAUCUCAACCACAUCUACAUCUACACCUACACCCACACCCACUUUCACCACUUCCACACCCACUUCCACUUCCACUACCACCACCACCACAUCAUCAUCUACCUCAGCCUCAAGUUCACUACCACCACUUUCGGAUAGAUCCAUUCGAGAAGGCGAAACGAGUCAAAGUUUUACGAGAGAUUCCUCAAAUUUCUUAUCUUCAGUAAAAUUGUCGGUUCGACCUCUAACUUUUGAUUCAAAAUCUUCAUUGACACCUCGCGAAUCGAGUUCAAAGGAACUGAUACCUCGCACGUCUAAUAAUACUACCUCUCAUAAGCAAAAUCGUCAAUCGACUAGCUCUUUAAGACAAAACCGAAGUGGCUUGUUCACCUUAGCUGUAUUGGCAAGAGAUAAAACUAGCAACGCAAUUGCAAGUUUGGCUGAACCCGCCUUACGUUCACGUCCUUUAUCAGGCAAUAUUUUAGAUUCACAUCCAGAUCAAAACACUCCUUUGAAUAGUAUUAAAAACAGGUCCAAGUCGGCAGAAGUUUUGGGAAGCAACGUAAAUCACUCUGAUUUAUCUUCCGCGCCCUGCGAAAACUCGACAUCGACUACAUCCAACACAAUUUUAGAGGAUACACCUCCCUCCCAUUUCUUGGGUCGUCGUCAGUCGUUACUUGGUACCAACCCUCCCUCGCAGGCGUACUCGAAUACUGCUGCAGAUACCCCACCGUUGAUCCACUCAAAUCACAGGACGACAAAUUCCAGCAAGAUGCAUCAAACAUCGUCGCGCUUGUUGCGCAUGACGAGCGACGACAGGCCAUUCACCAGAGAUUUCAAAGAUUUAUUCGCAACGUUGGUAGUCAGUUUACCGCUGGCAACGCACCGCAUACGAUUAACUAGAGUGGAACAUUCGUUUCUUUCAGAAGAGGCCAUCAAUAAUUUGGGUUCUCUAAAAUUCUCGCAAUCAAAUCGUAUGCCAGAUCCAAAAGACCCCUCACGCAUUGUCACCACCACCACGACAACAACAUUUUCCAUGGCGCGAGAAAUGGCUCGAUCAGUAUGUCAACGUUUCCUAGAUGCACGAUUUAUCGAAUCUGCGGACGGAAAGCAAGCAAAGGAUUUCACAAUGAAGGGAUCCAUAUGGCAGUUGACACCAAAAGGUAUUCAUGUUUUGGAAAGAUUUUGCUCGAAGAAUGGAAUCCAACAAAGACAUGUCGCAGAACUUGUCGCAUCCCCAAGGAACACAAUGCAAUUGGUCAUUCUAGAAAGAGAUUCUGCUACGGACAAACUUUCCUCGGAUCGAAGCACAAUUGAGGUUAUUUUCCGCAGGUUUGUUGGUCAAAAUGGACCGAAUAUCAAGACUAGCACCACAUCAGCUGAUUCGGAUUCUUUGAGCGAGUACAAGGAUGGAAUUGCUGGUGUGAGAAUGGCAGGAGAGCGUAAAGUUGGAUCGCCACCCAGAACUGUCUAUCAAACAUUUACUGGAAAGGCCGCUUGUGACUGGCUGAUGGAUUGUUGUACUACGGUGGACAGACGGGAAACCACAGAAGUUGCGUCGCUAUUUUUGGAGCAAGAACUAAUCUGGUGUGUUCAGCCCGACAGGCAAUACCAGCAACAACUCCCUCCUUCAGAUGACAAGAAGGAUUUCCGAUUCCAGCCUACAAAGUAUGCCUACUAUCAAUUAUCACAGAAAGGCAAGGAUGUGAUCAAUAUGACUUCGAGAGAUCGUACUUCAGAGAGUGAAGGAAGUUCAGCAGCAGUAAGAGCUGGUGUAUCCCGAGAUUCGAAUACUCAAAAGUUGGACAAAAUUCUUAAUGAUGCCGCACUCCGUUUACUUUUCCGCGAAAACCUUCGGGAUACCCAUUGUGAGGAGAACUUGUCUUUCUAUCUAGAUGUCGAAGAAUUCUUGAAGUCAUGCAAAGCAGCCGUGAGAAAUGUAGACCCAACCAGGGGUAAAUCAGGAGGAAGUCUCGAUUCCGUCAAGGAAACUAUGGCUUCAGCCUAUGGUAUUUACAAUGCAUUCUUAGCUCCAGGCUCACCUUGCGAACUUAACAUCGAUCAUAUGCUCAGGAAUCAAUUGGCUACUAGAAUGACCAAGGCUGUUGGACAAGAUGCUGCUAUGGUUGAGAGUUUGAAGGAAGUCACAAAGUUGUUUGAAGAGGCUCAAUUAUCUGUCUUCAAGUUGAUGGCUAGUGACUCCGUGCCAAAAUUCAUGAAGAGCUCAAAAUAUGAACAAACUCUCAAGAAUUACGAUUUCGAUUCAAUAUCUCCAAAUGGACAACGGUACAACUUACCUGAACGAUCUGCUAGCAAAUCUAACAGGUAGUAUCUAGAUAAUUGCCAAUUGGCUCAACGACAAACCCCCUCUAAAAUACCUCUCACCACUUCAUCGAUCUUGGGCACUAGUUGUAUUAUUACUUCGAGAGCAGGUAUUUAGGCCUUGGCAGAGGCUUUGAAACGAUCAGUUGUCUUUUAGCGAUUGCAUAGAUUCCCCUCGAUAUCACUUUUGGACCUGAAUAUAUCCCAGCAGAAGGAUCAAUUGGAGAUGACGAAAAUGAGAUUUCCUUUUCGAAACCAAGAGAAUGCAAUAUCACAUACUGUACGAAUGAUCAUCAACUUGGGAAGUCUCACCCGGAAAUGAAUGCAUUUGAUGGAGCAAUGAGAAGCUUUUUCGGGGACUGGCCAUCAUUUUGAUGUUAUGGCCUUUAUUUUUUUAUUUUACAAUUUUUUUUUUGCGCAGGUCUUUUACUUGAUUUUUUCGUCUUUCGAUGAGCGGCUUUCCAGCAUUGCAUUGCAAAGCAUAAUCGACGAACGAGAUACAUGUACAUAGCAUUUCUGGCGUUGGGGUUAUAGUUUGUCCUCUUUUAUUGUGGGAGGGACGAAUAAAUUCAUUGGGUGGGGUGUUGCUAU